GGGGGGGAAGCCGCCCGGAUUUCUUCUUCUACCCAAGGCUUGCUGAGCAGUUGAUGCAGAAGGUCAAGAGGGCUCGUCUGGAAAACAAAACUUCAGGAAGUUGGAGAAGUUCCUUGACCAGCUCAGGAGGAAGGCCGAGGAUGACGGCGGUGGAUGCCCUGCUGGAGAACGCCGAAGUUGUGGAGAUGGAAGAAACGGCCUCAUCCCAGUUCCACGUGGAGAAGCACUCAUGGGAGGGGCUGCGCGACAUCAUCCACGGAAGCCGCAAGUACACGGGGAUGAUCGUCAACAAGGCGCCCCAUGAUUUCCAGUUUGUCCGGAAGACCGAGGAGUCCAGCCCUCAUUCUCACCGCUUAUAUUAUCUUGGAAUGCCAUACGGAAGCAGGGAGAAUUCCCUCCUCUACUCUGAGAUUCCCAAAAAGGUACGGAAGGAAGCCCUUCUCUUGUUGUCAUGGAAACAGAUGCUGGAUCACUUCCAGGCUACCCCCCACCAUGGGAUGUACUCCAGGGAGGAGGAGCUGCUGAGGGAGCGCAAGCGGCUGGGCGUCUUCGGGAUCACCUCCUAUGACUUCCACCGGGAGAGCGGCCUCUUCCUCUUCCAGGCCAGCAACAGCCUCUUUCACUGUCGAGAUGGAGGCAAAAACGGCUUCAUGGUCUCACCAAUGAAGCCACUGGAACUCAAGACCCAGUGCUCAGGGCCCCGAAUGGAUCCCAAAAUCUGUCCGGCAGAUCCCUCUUUCUUCUCAUUCAUCAACAACAACGACCUCUGGGUAGCAAACAUCAAGACGGGAGAGGAGCGCCGACUGACAUAUUGCCAGAAAGGCUUAUCCAGCGUGUUGGAUGACCCCAAAUCGGCAGGUGUCGCCACUUUCAUCAUUCAGGAGGAGUUUGAUCGGUUUACAGGGUACUGGUGGUGUCCCACCUCUUGCCAAGAAGGCCCUGAGGGCUGGAAAACGUUACGGAUCUUGUACGAGGAGGUGGACGAGUCGGAAGUGGAAAUCAUUCAUGUUCCUUCUCCUGCCUUGGAAGAAAGGAAGACGGACUCGUACCGGUAUCCCAGAACAGGCAGCAAGAACCCCAAGAUCUCGUUGAAGCUGGCCGAAUUUCAGACAGACAGCCAGGGGAAGAUGGUCUGUGCCCAAGACAAGGAGCUGGUGCACCCAUUUGCUACGAUGUUCCCAAGGGUGGAGUACAUUGCGCGGGCUGGGUGGACCCGGGAUGGGAAAUACGCCUGGGCCAUGUUCCUGGACCGACCUCAGCAGCAACUCCAAGUGGUCCUCCUCCCCCCCACGCUCUUCAUCCCCAUCCCGGAGAGCGAGGAGCAGCGCUUGGAAUUCGCCAGAGCUGUGCCUGAAAAUGUCCAGCCCUUCAUCAUCUAUGAGGAGGUCACCGACGUGUGGAUCAAUGUGCACGACAUCUUUUACCCUUUCUGCCAGCCCGAGGGAAAGGAGGACGAACUCUGCUUCAUCCGCGCCAACGAAUGCAAGACCGGGUUCUGCCAUCUGUACAGGGUCACGGCCAUCCUGAAGAGGGACAGCUAUGACUGGACGCGGCCCUACGUCCCAAGCAAAGGGGACUUCAAAUGCCCGAUCAGGGAAGAGAUUGCCCUAACUGCUGGCGAAUGGGAAGUUCUGGCCAGGCAUGGAUCCAAGAUCUGGGUGAAUGAAGAAACAAAGCUGGUGUACUUCCAGGGCACCAAGGACACCCCUCUGGAACAUCACCUCUACGUUGUCAGCUACGAGACUCCCGGGGAGAUCGUACGGCUCACCUCCUUGGGUUUCUCUCACAGCUGUUCCAUGAGCCAGAAUUUCGACAUGUUCAUCAGCCACUACAGCAGUGUCAGCACUCCCCCCUGCGUGCAUGUUUACAAACUCAGCGGGCCAGAUGACGACCCCCUUCACAAGCAGCCGAAAUUCUGGGCCAGCAUGAUGGAGGCAGCCAGCUGCCCUGCCGAUUACAUCCCCCCCGAGAUUUUCCACUUCCGCACGCAGUCGGAUGUUGAGCUGUACGGGAUGGUGUACAAGCCCCACAACCUCCAGCCUGGGAAGAAGCACCCCACCGUGCUCUUUGUGUACGGAGGACCUCAGGUCCAGCUAGUGAAUAACUCCUUCAAAGGCAUCAAGUACCUGCGGCUCAACACGCUGGCAUCCCUCGGCUACGCUGUGGUGGUGAUCGAUGGGCGGGGAUCUUGCCAGAGGGGCCUUAAAUUUGAAGGGGCUCUGAAGAAUCAGAUGGGUCAGGUGGAGAUCGAGGACCAAGUGGAGGGUUUACAUUACGUUGCAGAGAAAUACGGGUUUAUCGACCUCAGCCGCGUUGCCAUCCACGGCUGGUCGUACGGAGGUUUCCUGUCUCUGAUGGGGCUUAUUUGCAAGCCCCACAUCUCCCAGGUUGCUAUCGCAGGGGCCCCCGUCACUGUCUGGAUGGCUUAUGACACCGGCUAUACGGAAAGGUACAUGGACGUCCCAGAAAACAACCAGCAAGGCUACGAAGCAGGCUCGGUGGCGCUGCAUGUAGACGAGCUCCCCAAUGAACCUAACCGGCUGCUGAUCCUCCAUGGGUUUCUGGAUGAAAACGUGCACUUUUUCCACACCAAUUUCCUGAUCUCCCAGCUCAUUCGCGCUGGGAAACCUUAUCAGCUACAGAUCUACCCCAACGAGCGACACAGUAUUCGCUGCCCAGAGUCGGGGGAGCAUUACGAAAUCACGCUGCUGCACUUUCUCCAAGAAUACCUCUGAGGGCCCCCUGUGGACGCCUGACGACUCCGGACUCCGCUCCUUGCCUCUGCUCUCCUCGCCCCUCGGCAGCCUUCGAACCCAGAGCACAAAGUCGCCUUUCGCUGCGGGUGCGUCUCCUGUGCCGGAUGUGUCCCAAGUUAAAAGAGGAAACCGCCCCAUCUGGAUGGCGCAGCUCUCGCACCUGGUUCCUUCAGCUCCUCUCUUGUUUUUUAAAAACAUUUCCCUGGGGGGGGGGGUUUGCUGCUACUUUUUUUUUUCCAUGCUGGGACUAAAGACAGACGUUCCUCCCCAUGGCAAUUUCCUGUGUGUGUUUCUGUGCCCCCCCCUCAAACUGUAUCCCGCCCUCUUGCCUGCAACAUUUUCUUUGCUUUUCCUUGCCUUUUGGGAGAUGGAAGAGCCCCCCCGCAGCUGCCAAGAAGGAGAGGCAGAGGUGAAGGAUGGGGGGGGGGGCAGCAUGCAUCUAAGGACGGAUGUGGGUGAUGCGUCUUCAGCUCUGCCUUGGUGCUUCUUCGCUUCCUUGCUGCGCCGUGCUUGAAAAUGAGGAACUCUGGGAUCGCGAGGCGGCUCCGAUUGGGAAGUACGAAGUGCUGUUGCGUCGGGGGAUCCUUCUCUGCAACCCCCCACCCCACCCCCAGUUUGGGUCUGGUGAUGCUCUUUCGGAAGAGGAAGACAAGACUCCGGCACAGGCGCGGCGCUCAAGGGGCCAGGGACUGCAGCGGCUCCUGGUUUGUUUGUGUUGCAGGAUUAAUUUAUGCAAAUGUCCCUCUCCCUGCCCCCCCCCCAUCCUGUCUUCUCGUUCCUGGAUCCACCCCACAGCCCUUUUCUCCUCCCCGUCUCCUCCUUCUCCCUACCCAUGCUGUGCGUUCUGGCGUGUGCGCCACAGACAGGCACCCCUUCAGUUCUCUGCAGGUCAGCGACUGUAUCGCCUCGCCCAUCUGACCCAGGCAGACCUCUCGUUGCUCUCCCCCCCUCCCCCACCACCCCUGUCUUCAGUCCUAACACCAGUCUUCACAGGCUGUAGUCAAGGCCGAGGGGUGGGGGGGGAGGUUUGCCACGUUUUUGCACCUCAGGGGGAACCCUCCUUGCCUGCGUGCUCACAGCCUCCCUUUCCCCCACUCUUCUCCAGACAGGGGGUACAGGGAGGGGGCAGAGGAAGGCGCCACCGAAGCCGAGGAGAAGCAUCCACUUGCCUACAAGACGAACCACAAAACGACUUGCCCAAGUUAUCUUAAGUGCGUAUUAUGAAAAGAAAAUAUUUUUAUGGAUUCUUAUUCUUUUAUAAUUAUGAGUGUAAGAUGUAGUGACUCAUUAAAAUAUUGGAAACCGGC